GAUAAUGCCUAAAACGGCGUCGUAGUAGCCCUUAACAUCGCUUGUCGUGUCCAUAACGGAGCAGAAAAAGGUUGUGUGAGAAAACCGACAGCAUAGAGUAAAAUGAUAACGAAGACGAAAAAUCUAGUGUCAUCAACUUCUUCACUCUCUGAUUCUAUCGGCUUCAUCUGCGAAAUUUCUGACUAGAGAUGAUGAAGAAAGAAUAGAUAAGUGAUGGCAGGAGCAGAAGCGAGGGCUCUAUGGCAGAGAACUGCUAAUCGUUGCUUUGUCCAAGAAGAUGCAAAAAGAGCUCCCAAGUUGGCUUGUUGCCAAUCUUCAUGUGCAACAUCAAAAUUGGUUGAUGCUGGACCUGCCAGUACAGCAGAUGAAUCUGAUCAUACUGCAGUUAAUGUCGCACAUUUUAACAGGAAACCAUCAGUUUCUAAUCUACCACCAGACUCUAGGUAUUGGUUGCAUUUGCAAUCUAAUUAUGGGUAUCAAAAGGGUUUAACAUAUGAACAAUUAAAAGCAUUAGAGGAUGAGGUAGAAACCUUGAUAGCUAGUGAUGUAAGUAAGAAUUCUCAAGAAUUUCAAGAGUUGAUUAAUGUGAUGGCAAAACAUGAGAAAAUGGACAUUGAUUGUGUUGGCUGCUCUGAAUCCUCCAAGAAAACAAAUGAUUUUUCCUUGGAAUCAGAUUAUUCUUGGAUUGAAAGUGAUAAGGCAGAGCCAUGGUGGCGGACUACAGAUAGAGAUGAAUUAGCUUCAUUUGUUUCACAGAAAUCACUCAACCAUAUUGAAAAUUGUGAUCUUCCCCCACCACAGAAGAAGCAUCUUAGAGGACACCCAUGUGCUCUUAUUAAUAAUGAUAAAAUAAAGACGGCAUCUUAUGACUGGGAAGCCAAAUCCAGAAGCUUUUCCAAAAUGACAGCUCAUGCACAAGGAAGUUUUGAUUCAGGAUUGAUGCAUAAGAAUCAGGGGCCUUCUGCCAAUGAAGGCCUUUUAUUUUUUGCUUCCGACAAAUGUUCAAGUCGUACCCCCAAGCAUGAGGAUGUCCAAAAGAGUCAUCAAAUUUUGGAUGGAGACCCCAGCAAGGCUCAACUAAUGGAAGCACUGUGUCACUCUCAAACACGUGCAAGGGAAGCAGAGGAAGCAGCCAAAAAAGCAUACGCAGAGAAAGAGCAUAUUGUAACUCUCAUUUUUAAACAGGCUUCACAACUUUUUGCCUAUAAGCAAUGGUUACAACUGCUGCAGCUGGAAACUCUCUGCAGUCAGAUUAAGAACAAGGAUCAGCCAAUAUCUACUCUCUUUCCAGUGGCUCUUCCUUGGAUGUCCCACGAAGCUAGAUCACGGAAGAGGAAACAGAAAAUAUCCAAUGCCAAACUAGAAGAAGGGAAACCCAAUCCAAAAUGUGAUAUUACAACAUAUGCUGUUGCGAUUGCUUUAGGAUUCAGUCUUGUUGGGGCUGGCUUGCUUUUGGGAUGGACAGUGGGUUGGAUGUUGCCUCGUUCAUAGUUCUAUAAAAUUUGGAUAAUAGUUGUGCUUGUCAUAAAGAUUGGUGAACAAAGGGAAUUGGUUAACAGGGAAAGUAGCCCCAAUUAUUUUAUCAGAUAUGUAUGUAUUUUUGUAGAUUUGCUAGUGCAUCUUGUAUUGUAAAUUCUAAGUUGUGCUUUUGUAUUGAAUUUUUUUUGUUAAUGAGAUUAUGUACAUAAAUGUUUUGUGUA